ACCUCGAAUUUUCGCAUUCUCGUAACAUCAACUUGCGCCCCAAAGCAGACAAUCUGAGCGACCAUCUGAUCAAUGGCAUCAUUUGCUGUAAUCACAAGAUGCAAAUGACCCUUGUCUCCUCGAGGAAAGGACACCGAAAGUCAAGGCACGGCUGCAUUUGUUGCAAGAGCCGGAGGGUGAAAUGUGACGAGGCCAGACCUUCAUGCGCCAACUGUAUACGCUUUGGGAUCCCUUGCCAUUUCCCAAAUGCAGGAGGAAAUGAUCAGACCGCUGCUAACAGAGGUAGCCAGGGAAUCGGGUUGAAAUUGCAGCCGCCUCCACAACUGCCUGGAAUCCGUGAGCGUGGGCGAGGUCGACCUCGGCGCAAUUGGGCCGCUCUUUUCCACACUGUCGAUUCCAGAGAGGUAGCCAUCGUAUCCCAUGUCCCUCAUGCUCUCCAAUUACAACCUCAGCAGGACCUCUCAUUGAAUAGUACACAGGCUGAGCUACUCCAUCAAUUCAUCCUCUUUACAGGGCCCAGUCUUGCAGGCACCGACAGCCGCGAUGAUCCUAUUGCCCACUUUUGGUCACACAACGCUCCGAGGCUUGGGCUUGCGACACCUUCUAUUCUAUAUUUAUCUUGUUCACUGUCAGCCUAUCACCUUAUACAUCUUGGAACCGGAGACGAAAGGUCACAUUGCCGCUAUCGUUCUCUUGCCCAGCUUUACAGUGCACGCGGUCUAGCAGAAUUAAACAAGGAGCUUCCCCACAUAAACAACCAGAAUUGCGGGGCGCUCUACGUUUCUGCCGUGCUUUUCUGUCUCAACACCUUUGCUGCGGGUCCAACGAGCCUGAGCGACUUACUCAUUUGCGAUUCAGGUGGAGGCACAAGUGGACGGUGGAUGUCCUUAGCCACUGGCGUACGGCUCAUUCGGUCGACCUUUGCACCUUCUAUAUUAUUUUCAGGGCUCACGAAACCCCUGGAUUCCGGAGAACCCCCUGAAGAUUCCCUCCCGACUUGCGCUGUCGAAGGAUUCCGGAGAAUUGACUGGAUGUCUUCUCUGGAUAAACUUUGUGAAUUUGUUACGUCCAACCAAACCAACACUGAGCGUACAUCUACCUGCCUCUCUGCUCUUAAAGGCGUGAGGAACAUAUAUGAAGCUACGUAUGGUAACGAAUGUGGUAUCAAUACCGGCUCAGCUAUACAGAAAAUGGUUCUCAUUUGGCUGUACUUUAUGAAUGACGAAUUUGUCACACUUGUACGAAAAGCGGAUAUGAAGGCGCUACUUGUGCUGGCGUACUAUGCGCCGUUGCUCAAUACAAUAAGCAGAGCUUGGUUCUUGGAUGGUUGGGCGAAGCAUCUUAUAGAAGAAUAUCGACGUUGGCUCGAAUGGCCCAUGAAAGUCGAAGAAUCGAUCAGAUGCGUUGUCACUUAG